GGGUAACUUUUGACAAUGCUAUUUGUUUUGAUUUGAUUUGUAAAACUGGUGAAAUUAGGAUUGAUUUAGAUAAAAAUAUAUAUUGUUCAGAGUUUGCUCAGAUUUUAGCUAUCGAAUAAACAUUUAAAGAACAAUUGAUAUACAAUUUAUACUCACCAUGAUGGAUGCGAACGAUCCGGAAUCGACGGACUCCUGUAGUCUGACUGAGGAGGAAGUAGAACCAAAGUUAAAAUACGUCAGACUUUCAAACGACCUGAAGAACAUUCUUAGUGAAGAAGCUGUUAGUUGCAUUGCCGUUCACUCAAGGUUUCUUUGUCUCGGUACCCACUGGGGAAGAAUACAUAUGCUGGAUCAUCAGGGCAAUCGAGUAGAAACGUUGAUCAAUCUGAAGCAAAACCCGCAUAUUUUGUCGGUAAACAAAAUAUCGGUUGACAGCAAGGGCGAGCACAUUGCGACUUGCUCAGACGAUGGCAUGAUAAUUAUCAGCGGAUUGUACAGUGAUGAAAACAACCAAAAACUGAACGUCGGGAAGGGCAUUAAAGCUGUCGAACUUGAUCCGAUGCACCAUAAAUCUGGUUCCGGAAGAAAGUUUUUAAUCGGUGAUUCUAAACUAGUACUGUACGAAAAAACUUUUCUAAAGGGUCUCAAAUCUACAGUCUUGAGUGAAUCAGAAGGUAUAAUCAGUGCGAUUCGUUGGAAUGGACAGUUUAUAGCUUGGGCCAGCGCUCUGGGAGUACACGUUUACGAUUUGAAUGAGCGAUGCUCACUGGGCCUUAUAAAGUGGGAAGAACCUAAAGAGGCUAAACUUACAGAUUUUCGCUGCAAUCUCAACUGGUCUAAUUCAACGACUUUACUGAUUGGUUGGGUAGAUACCAUUCGAAUUUGUGUGAUAAGAAAACGUAAUCCAGUUGAAGUUUCUACAAGGAACUUACCAGAAUACAUUGUGGAUCCAAUGUCAACAUUUCAAACUGAUUUCUACGUGUGUGGGAUAGCACCAUUGGAAACUCAUCAACUGGUGGUGCUGGGUUAUGCUAAGGAGCGUGACCUAGAGACAAAUAAAGCGCUUCGUCCAAUUCUCUGCGUUUUGCAGUACAAGGCUAGCGACUAUAUAGAAAUUUGUACCGACAGUCUUUCGAUGAGGGGGUACCAAGAGUAUAAGAGUGAUGAUUAUCACCUUGAGUGUUUGAAAGAGGAGAGUCAAUAUUUCAUAGUGUCACCGAAAGACGUUGUGGUAGCUAGCCUUUACGAAACGGACGACCGUGUGCAGUGGCUUAUUGAACAUGGGAAAUUUGAGCAAGCAAUGGAAGUGAUCCUGAAAAGCGGUGGCAAGUAUUCGCUCAUAACAGUAGCACGACUUUACCUUGACCAUCUACUCAAUCUGCAACAGUACGACGAAGCGGCCAGGCUGUGUCAACGUGCCUUCAAAAACGACAAACAAUUGUGGGAGGAAGAGGUCUACAAGUUUGUUAAGGUGAAACAACUGCGCUCCGUUAGUGAGUAUAUUCCUCGAUCGGCCGACUGUAAGCUAAAUCCACACGUGUACGAAAUGGUCCUGUACGAGUAUCUUCAACUCGAUCCAGACGGGUUUCUAAGGUUGAUCAAAGAAUGGCAACCAGGGCUUUACAAUACCAAGGCGGUUAUAAACGCUAUCAACGAUCAUUUUAACAAGAAGGACGCUAGUAUUUUGCUGGAAGCACUGGCGAUAUUGUAUUCUCAUGAUAAAGAAUAUGAUAAAGCACUUACCAUGUAUCUGAAGUUGCAGCACAAAGAUGUUUUCGAGUUAAUUAGAAGUCACAAUCUUUACUCGGUGAUAAAAGAUACGAUAGUUCAGUUGAUAGAACUGGACAGCGAGAAAGCGAUUUCAAUGCUUUUGGAGAAAGAUAAAAUUCCUGUAGAUGACGUUGUCAAAGAGUUAGAGUGCCGUGAAGAUUAUUUGUAUCGAUAUUUGGAUGCGUAUGAUAAAGUUGAUAGCUCUGGAAAAUUUCACUGGAAGCUGGUUCGACUGUACGCAACGUAUGAGCCGAGCAAACUUCUAUCAUUCCUAAAACGUUCGAAUAACUAUCCCAUUCAAGAAGCGUUCGAUAUCUGCAAGCAGCUAUUGUUCUACCCGGAAAUGGUUUAUUUACUGGGUCGAAUGGGUAAUACACGAGAAGCAUUGUCGAUUAUCAUCCAUAAAUUGAUCGAUAUUCAGAUGGCAAUUGAUUUCUGCAAAGAACACGACGAUAUGGACUUGUGGAACGAUUUGAUAAACGAAUCUGUGGACAAACCUUAUAUAAUGACUAAAUUACUGGACGGCAUUGCGGGUUUCAUCAAUCCGGAGCUGUUGGUUAACAAAAUUAUAAAAGGUCAAGAUAUUCCUGGACUAAAAAACUCCCUCAUAAAAAUGUUGUGUGGAUUCAGCCUCCAGGUUUCCAUCCAAGAUGGAUGCAAUCAGAUCUUAGUUUCGGACUAUUUCGAUAUGCACGAACGACUGUCGAAGGUUCAACAGAGGGCGCUAACUGUCUCUGUUGAAAAAACUUGCGGUCUUUGUCGGAGGGACAUUAUUGUAAAAGAUCACCUAAGGACGGACGUAGUGGUGUUCAACUGUCGACAUCUAUUCCACGAGAACUGCUUGCCUGAUAAAUAUAGUGUAGAAUAUUGUACAGUGUGUAAGUCGAGGAAAACUUGAAAAUGUUUGCUAAGCUUGUAUAUAUUCAGUCAACUUUUGUACAAUGUGAGUCCCUAAGCAAAUAACGUUUAUUCGUCAAAUAGAAAGUAGCUUUUCUUGCUCCUUUUUGUAACUUUCGAGGUAAGUCUAUUUAUUUCAUAUACAACGGAAAACAUGUUAA